AGCAGAACUGAUAGAGCGUGAGCAGUUCUGAGCGCUGCCGUUGCUUCGGCCGGCCCUGAGCCCGGCGACCACCAACGGCAACGGAAGCCGUGUGAGCUGCUGGGCAGGAACCGUGUCAGCGGCAGCGAUGGUGCUGUGCCCGGUGAUCGGGAAGCUCGUCAGCAAGCGCGUGGUGCUGGCCAGUGCCUCUCCCCGGAGACAGGAGAUCCUGAACUGCGCAGGCCUGCGAUUUGAGGUAGUGCCAUCCAGAUUUAAAGAGACUCUAGACAAGACUUCAUUUGCAACACCUUAUGAGUAUGCCAUGGAAACAGCAAAACAAAAGGCCCUUGAAGUGGCUAACAGGAUGAAUGUGAAAGACUUUAGACCUCCAGACGUUGUUAUAGGAGCAGACACUAUUGUGACAGUGGACGGAAUGAUUCUGGAGAAGCCAGCUGAUAAGCGAGAUGCCUAUAACAUGCUAUCAAGGUUAAAUGGAAAAGUACACAGUGUGUUUACUGGAGUAGCAAUCAUUCAUUGCAGCAGUAAAGAUAUGCAUCUAGAAACAGAAGUCUUUGAAUUCUAUGAGGAAACCAAGGUUAAAUUUUCUGACCUGUCAGAGGAGCUUUUAUGGGAAUACAUUCAUAGUGGAGAACCCAUGGACAAAGCUGGUGGCUAUGGCAUACAGGCUCUUGGAGGCAUGUUAGUUGAGUAUGUUCAUGGAGAUUUUUUGAAUGUGGUAGGAUUCCCACUGAACCACUUUUGCAAAAAGUUGGUAGAAUUGUAUUAUCCACCCCCUAAAGAUGCCACCCAUCAUGUAAAGCAUGACUCAAUCCCUUCAGUAGAAACCUUUGAAGGUCUAAGUGAUGAAGAAUUUGGCAGUUCAAAUUCUGCUCUACAAAAUGUGACCUGCAAGCUAGAAGGUGAAAGUGCAUCCUCUUCUGAAGCUACUAAAAGCCUAGGAAAGAAGGAAAUUGGCCAGCAUGAAAUGAGAGAGACUGUAGUGAAAUGCAGCAAGGACAUGGAAAACCUGACUAAAUUUCCAUCUCCUCUUGUAGAGCUUUUGGAUGGCUUUAAAGCUUCAAAGGCAAUGUUUGUGGCCUGUAAACUAAAAGUAUUUGAUCUGCUGAAAGGCAAAGCCAUUUUGAAGACUGAAGAUAUUGCUGACCACGUAAAUGCAUCUGUAUGUGGGACUGAGAGAUUACUUGAUUCCUGCACAGCACUUGAAUUAUUAAAGAAAACCAAGCAAGGUUACAGUAACACAGAAUUGGCUGAUAAGUACUUGGUGUCUGAUAGUGAAAAUUCACUUCAUGGCUAUAUCAUGCAUGUGAAUGAACAUGUUUGGCCACUGUUCACACAUCUGGAGUCUGCUGUCAGAGAGGGAACAAAUCAGAAUCACCGAGCUUUUGGGAAGAAAGCUCAAGACUUAUUUCAGGACUCCUAUUAUCACAGCAUGGAGACAAAGCUACGUUUUAUGAAUGCCAUGGAUAGUGUUAUCAAGCUGACUGCGAGGGAUGUGGCAACAGCUUUUGACCUGUCAAAAUUUCGCUCUGCUUGUGAUUUGGGAGGCUGUACGGGAGCUUUGGCCCAAGUACUAAUACAAGAGUAUCCAAAUCUAAAAGUGACUGUGUUUGACCUUCCUAAUGUCAUUGAAAAUGUUUCUUGUUUUCAACCUACUGGACAAGACACCAGUCGAAUAACUUUCACAUCAGGUGACUUCUUCAAAGAUAACAUUCCUGAAGCUGAUCUUUACAUUCUUUCAAGAGUUCUCCAUGACUGGCCAGAUGACAAGAUUGAUGGAUUAUUAAGUAAAAUUUCUUAUCGCUGCAAACCAGGCUGUGCCUUGCUAGUAGCUGAAAUUGUACUUGGCGAAGAGAAGAUAGAUCCUCUAAGAGCUGUGCUGCAGUCCCUUAGUAUGACGGAAGGCAAGCAGAGGAGUAACUCGGAAUACAAACAGUUAUUGGAAAAAUAUGGAUUCACUCAAGUACAGACCAAGAUAACAGGAAAUUUUUUGGAUGCUAUUUUGGGAUUUAAAAAAACUGCACAUACAGCAAAUUAAGCAGUUUGGGAUUUUGAAGUACAACUAUUUUCAUAACACUGGCAUCAUAAAUAAAACUUAGUCAUCUAGGGAAAAGUCUUGAUGCUAUCACCUGGACCUUUUCAUCUUUCUUCUUAGUUCUCCUGGGCCUAACUAAACCUUUCAAAUGCUGCAGUUCUACAUGUGAUUGGCCAUAAUGACUGAUCGAUGGAUAUAUAAAUUCUCACAUAUACCACUAACUGGAAGCAUGGAAUAGAUGCAAAGAAAUGGGCUUUUUAAGCCCAGCUAUCUUAUCUCUUGCAAUUCAAAACAGGUACUGGACUCAUCUUGGAGACUGCAGAACUGCAUCCCUGACCAGACUAUAAAUGAAGAAGGGUUCUGUUCUUUGGGCACAUUUCCAGGCAUGCUUAUGACAAGUUUUUUUAGAAGGCCUGUUUUUUUUUUUUCCUUGUAUUUCUGUAUGUUAAGUAUUUUGUGUGUAUUCAUGAAACUUUAGCCCAGUUUAUUUUUUUUUUGGGGGGGGGGGGAGUCUGGUCAAAUCAUUCUAUUACCUCUUUACAGUUUAUGGAAUAUAAAGUUAUAUGCAAAUUUUGCCUGAUUUUUUCAGAAGUUGUUUUGAAUAUCACUACAAGUACCUGUUUUUGCAUUUGAUUAAUAUGCCAUUUUGGAACUUAGAACAGACAUGCACUCAAUUUCAAGAAUGUUUGGUUCUUUUAGCAUUUUCAAAGCAUUAAUGCAGAAUAUUUCUGACUUCAUCUCACCUAGUUCUGUUGAGAUAGAUAAAAUGAACUGAGAAGGUUAACACAGAACUAAAUUUUGAAUGAGUACAUGAUUACUACUCUUGAUUUUUAGCUGAAGGAUAAUGACUGGAAGAAAAUACAAAUAAAGUGCCUUUGUUCCAAUAAAA